AUGCUCAUGUCGAGCGACAGCGACUCCUCCCCCGCCCGCCCGCCGCCACCCCCGAGGGCGUCGCAAGCGCUGCGUCGCGCACGUGACGCGCUGGCGAGGCGGCACGCAGGCGACGCCGGCAGCAAGAGCGGCGGUGGCGGCGCCGAAGCGCCACCGCCACCGCCGGUGUGGAGUGCGGAGCAGAGUUGGGACUGGAACCGCAGCGGGGGCUGGGACAGCAGCCGGAGCGGGGGAUGGUUCCUCAGCAGCGGGGGCUGGGACAGCAGCGGGGGAGGCGUCGCUGUGGCCCCUCUCUUGCGGGGGCGGACGCACGUCCCGGCGCGAGGAGCCGGUCACGACGCCGCGAGCGAAGCAGCGGACCUGGCAUAG